AUGGCCAACGCGCCGGCAUAUCGGGUCCUGGACUCGGUGCGGAAGGAGAGUCGGCGCGAGGAGACGAGCCGGAGGCGCAACGCCCGCCCGCCGCCGGCCUCGGGCCGUCGCCGCAGACGACGCAAAUACAAGCGAUCGUUCGUCCCGCGGACCGCGCAGUUUGGUCCAAAGUCUGAAGCUCCCGAUCGGUUCUAUGACACUGAUGUCGACCGUCGGGCCAAGGGCGUGCUGUCAUGGAAGACCCAGCCAGAGCGCAAGGCUGAGUGGCUGGAGCGGUCCAAAGUUGUCGACGCUGACUAUGACGUGGCCUCAGCGCACCGCGUCGUUGAGCCACGAGUUCGCGUGGGACCAUCGUUUGACACCCAAAAGGGCCAUGAAAUUGCGCUGUAUGACCUCGUUGAUGUCGUCUAUGAUCAGCCGCGCCAAGACCGCCAGCGGUCAAUCAACAUGGCUGCCAUGACCGCACGCGACGACGCCGCACUCCGCCGCAAGACUGAUGCGCCCGACGUCUCGUACGAGCCGUACGAUCCCAACCUCGAGGAUGCCUCGCGCCGAGCCAUGGACUACUCGCGCUUUCGCGGCCGCGAUGAGCUGUUCGAGACUGGCAAUGCUGUGGACGCCAUCUACGACGCCAAGGUCAAUGACAAGGUCAAGCUCACACCGCGGAUGGACAAGCAGGCCGCCCGGGGCAAGCUGUUUGACACGUCGAAUGCGGUCGACAAGGUGUACGACACUGAGGACGGCAUCCGCGUCACUCGCAAGCGGACAGGCCAGACCAUGCUCAAGAUGGACAAGCAGCUGUCGCGGCCGUCGCAGGUCUUGGAUGUUGUCGAUGUGGUGUACGAUGUCAAGGACGGCGACCACAAGCCGAACGUCAACUUUAGCAAGAUGAAGGCACGCGACGACGCCGCACUCCGCCGCAAGACUGAUGCGCCUGACGUCUCGUACGAGCCGUACGAUCCCAACCUCGAGGAUGCCUCGCGCCGAGCCAUGGACUACUCGCGCUUUCGCGGCCGCGAUGAGCUGUUCGAGACUGGCAAUGCUGUGGACGCCAUCUACGACGCCAAGGUCAAUGACAAGGUCAAGCUCACACCACGGAUGGACAAGCAGGCCGCCCGGGGUAAGCUGUUUGACACCUCGAAUGCGGUCGACAAGGUGUACGACACUGAGGACGGCAUCCGCGUCACUCGCAAGCGGACAGGCCAGACCAUGCUCAAGAUGGACAAGCAGCUGUCGCGACCGUCGCAGGUCUUGGAUGUUGUCGAUGUGGUGUACGAUGUCAAGGACGGCGACCACAAGCCGAACGUCAACUUUAGCAAGAUGAAGGCACGCGACGACGCCGCACUCCGCCGCAAGACCGAUGCGCCCGACGUCUCGUACGAGCCUCGCGACGACGUCGUCCGUCGGCGUGCGCCCGCCUUUGAGUUUGGCCCGCCCGUCGAGUACUCGUACGAGACCGACUCCGAUUCGGAGCAAUAAGACUGCCAUGUUAUCACUUGC